CUGUUUCUGGGUUCAUCUUUUGAUUUCGCAUGCAAUGGAAAAAUCAGUAAAUGGCGGCGGUACGUGACCGCCGGUUCUUGAGGGAAGCUGAGAUCCGACGUCGGUGUCUCCGUAACCGUAAGUAACAUAACAUCCUAGAAUUUCUCAGCUUUCGUGCUAUCUAUUCGUAUGAUAUUGGUGCAUGAUUGUAAGUGUGAAUGCCUUUUGAAAACUAUGCUGCGGAACUCGGAAGAGGACGAGAACCAUCAUAUUAGAAUAACAACAAUUAUUGCCAUGUGCAAAACGUGUGGAACUUGGAUAAUGAAAUCUAAUGUUGGGGGUGGGGUUCGAAGAAGAUAAGUUUUUCUUCUUUUUCUUCUUCUUAUUGGGAUUAGUUUCUUGUUUUGUCUGUUUGGAUCUGAGGUGACUUAUUUAAGUUUGGUUGAUGUCUCUCAAUGAUUGUAGGUUGUAAUGGAGACGAAAGUUUGUACCUUGGGAAUUCCUGUUUUGUUGAUCCUCUUGUUGCUGCACCCAUUUCUAUGGCUGCUGUCUUUGGGUGAUAUCGAAGGCGAUGCUUUACGCAGUCUAAGGACCAACUUGGUUGACCCGAACAAUGUUCUGCAGAGUUGGGAUGAAAAUCUUGGUUCCAAAUGUACAUGGUUUCAUCUAACGUGCAACGAUGACGACAGCAUCACUAGAUUGGAUCUUGGAAAUGCUGCUUUGUCUGGUCAGCUUGUCUCACAACUUGGCCUGCUUAAGAAUUUGGAGUACUUGGAGCUCUUCAAUAACAACUUUACUGGUGCAAUUCCAAGUUCCCUAGGGAACUUGACAAACUUGGUAAGCUUGGAUCUUUACUUGAAUAGUUUCAGUGGCCAGAUACCAGAAUCUUUGGGCAAGCUGUCGAAGUUGAGAUACCUGAGGCUCAAUAACAACAGCUUGGCUGGUUCAAUUCCUGCAUCAUUGGCUAACAUUUCGUCACUAGAAGUGCUGGAUCUUUCAAACAACCGCCUUUCCGGGUUGGUUCCAGAUAAGGGUUCCUUAACUCAAUUCACUCCCAUAAGUUUUGCUAACAACUUGGAUCUUUGUGGACCAGUUACUGGCUAUCUUUGCCCUGGUUCUCCUCCAUUUUCUCCACCUCCUCCAUUUGCUUCACCAACUUCUCAACCAAGAGGGAAUGGCGCCAUCAGAGCAAUAGCUGGUGGAGUUGCUGCUGGUGCAGCAUUGCUCUUUGCUUUUCCCGCGAUAUAUUUUGCUUGGUGGCUUCAAAGAAAACGUCGAGACUUAUUUGUUGACGUACCUGCGGAAGAUGAUGAUGCCGAAGUCCAUCUAUCGCAGCUCAAGAGGUUUUCGUUGCGUGAACUGCUAGUUGCAACUGAUAACUUUAGCACCAAGAGCAUUCUUGGUCGAGGAGGAUUUGGUAAGGUCUACAAAGGUCGUCUGGCAGACGGCUCAUUGGUGGCAGUGAAAAGACUGAAAGAAGGGCGCACGAGUGGAGGAGAGUUGCAGUUCCAAAUGGAGUUGCAGAUGAUAAGCAUGGCUGUGCAUCGGAAUCUUCUUCAGUUGCAUGGCUUUUGCAUGACACCUACUGAAAGAUUGCUUGUGUAUCCCUACAUGGCAAAUGGAAGUGUUGCCUCAUGCUUGCGAGGACGUCCUCCAUCUCGACCUCCUCUCGAUUGGCCAACUCGAAAGCGAAUAGCGCUGGGGUCUGCUAAGGGCUUGUCCUACUUGCAUGAUCAUUGCGAACCAAAGGUCAUUCAUCGUGAUGUAAAAGCUGCCAACAUAUUGUUAGACGAGGAAUUCGAGGCUGUUGUUGGAGACUUCGGGUUAGCCAAACUGAUGAACAUCAACGAUUCUCAUGUCACUACUGCUGUCUGUGGCACAGUUGGCCAUAUCCCUCCUGAGUAUUUCUCCACAGGCAGAUCGUCUGAAAAGACUGAUGUUUUUGGAUAUGGUAUCAUGCUGCUGGAACUGAUCACCGGGAAGAAGGCAUUUGAUCUUGCAGGGCUUGCAAAUGACGAUGAUGUGAUGAUGCUUGAUUGGGUGAAAGGGCAUCUGAAGGAGGGGAAGUUAGAGAUGCUGGUGGAUCCUGAUCUCGUGAGCAGUUAUUACCUAGCAAGUUCUGAAGUGGAGCAGCUAAUCCAGGUUGCUCUUCUUUGUACACAAGGCUCCCCGAUGGGCCGGCCAAAGAUGUGUGAAGUGGUGAGAAUGCUGGAAGAAGGAGAGGGUUUGGGUGAGAGAUGGGAUGAAUGGGAAAUGAUGGUGGGAAAAGAAGGUGAUCAUCAUGAGGUGGAAGAACUAGGCCGUCAUCAUCGUAGUUCGGAUUGGAUACCGGAUUCAACGCAAAAUCUACAUGCAGUCGAGUUAUCUGGUCCAAGGUGACCCUAUUGUUCUAUUUAUCUUCGUUCUCUUGUAAGAUGGAAUGUGAGGAAAUGAACUCCAUAAGUUAAUUAUGAUUCAUUUUGAAAAUUGUGCUUGCAAUACGAAAGAAUUCAUUAUCGAUUCCAAAUUUUGGAUUCUGAUGAAACGAAUAUCGCUAGUCUUCUUUUCGAUUUUGGAAUAGAGUUGCAACAAUCAA